AUAAAUACAAACACCACUUGGUGGGUUGAAACAGUGCAAGAGGGUCCCUUACAAAAUUUAUUUGGGUUUUCUCUCCUGUUCUUUGAUUCUCAUUUUUCUUUUUCCAUGUUGUUUUGAAAUCUCAUGGCAUGCUUAGACAUGUACAACUCUGAUCAACACAAAGGCUAUUGCCCCCCAAUGAGCCCUAGAAUCUCUUUCUCUAAUGAUUUUGUUGAUUCUCAACAAAUUAUUAAGCAAGAGAUCAGGAGCUCAGCAGGAUCAGAUGCCCCAGUGUCUACCGACUUCGAAUUCUCAGUCACUAACUACUCUAUGAUGAGUGCUGAUGAGCUUUUUUUCAAAGGGAGGCUUUUGCCAUUUAAAGAUAAUGGCAACAACAACAAUCACCAAAUGCAAAGGACUAUAAGAGAUGAGCUUCUUGUUGAUGAUGAUGAUAAUGGUUAUGAAGGUCAUGAAGUUUCACUUAGGCCACCUAAGGGUUCGACAAGGUGGAAAGGCCUUUUGGGUCUUAAAAGAAGCCACAUUGGGUCUAAGAAACUUGAUAAGAAUGAUGGUUCUGUGGAGAGAAUCGGUGAAAGUGGAAGGCAUCGAUAUGUUCAUGAGGAAGUGCAUGUUGGCAAGAGUUCACAGGAGCUUUUAAGUGAAGCAGGGUCAAGUCACAGAGAUGUGGAGAUUGGAAUUCAGUAACGACUAUUAGUUAAGAGAGAAUGAAGCAAAUUUUUUUUUAGAAGAGGAAAAAGGUGGAUGGUAUUUUCUUCUAUUUUUAGCAGAGAUUUGGAUAAAAUUUAGAUCUCUUAAUUUGUGUUAGUUAGUUUUCAAACUUUUUUAACCUUUUUUUCCUCUUCUGUUUUUGGAGUUCUAACGUCUUUAUUAUUCCUUUGGAUCUCCCAGAAGUAGUUGGUGUUUUAGCUGUUUAUUUUUCUUGUACAAAAUGUUUGCAGUUGAAGAACUUAUUCUAUCUUGUUGAGAACUGAUUGAUAGACCUGUUUCUUUAAGUUCA